CUAAAAAGAAAAUUGUCUCUUUUAAUUUUAAUGUGGGAAAGAGUAAGACCUUGUUACAUCAUUUUUGAAUCCGAAUAGGUUUCUCAGAAUUUCCCGAACUUUUAUUUUUUGCAUUUCUUCCUCUUGCUUUUUAUUUUUGUUAAAAAUCUCAAAUGACAAAUACAUAUACCCAACAGCAUCAAAUCCCUUUAACAACAACAAAGAAGUCAUACAACAUUUCAGAGGCAAAGUUAAAAAGGAUCUUGGAAUAUAACGAACGACUAAAGGAGCAAUUGGAUUUACCUCGUAUUCCUGUUUCUGAGGCAUCUUCCAGUCUUAUUGACUACUGCAAUUCAACAAAGGACCCGUUAUUACCUUCUAUAUGGGGACCAGUAGAUAAAGAGCAUGAUCCUUUCGCGCCGGCCGCUGGAGGAAACAAAACAAGUAGUAGUUGUUGUAUUGUCAUGUAGAAAAAAGAGAAAAACAUUGUAAAUAAAUUAAGACCUUGUGUCACUAUCAUUGUUAUAUUCCAUGGAUACAGAUUACUGUGUAGGCCGAUAUAAACUCCCUUUUUUGUUAGUAGAUCCAAGUGUAAAUCAUACGCAUUAUAUAGAUAAAGCUGUUGAUUGAACUAAAUAAUGACUUGA